CUAAGUAGAUUCCAGUAUGGGAUAGUAGGUGCGUUUUUAGCCGAUUUCAACAUGGCGGCUUCGAAGAGAGUGAUUCGCUCAUUGUGGCACUUUAUAUCUAGGAUAGAUCCCUUAAGACAUAGACUUUUGUUUAUGAAUAGAAUAAAAAGUACCAGAUACUUCAAUACAAGUGUUAAUCGUCCCUCCAAAGGGGCCAACUUUCCAGUUCGAAGCGAUUGUAUGUUGCCCGAAAAAUGUUUUGAGGGCAAGAUUGCAUUCGUUACCGGUGGAGGAACAGGUCUGGGGAAGGGAAUGGUGAAAAUGUUAUCUGAACGAGGUGCGACUGUCAUCAUAUCUAGCAGGAAGCUUGAAGUUCUUGAAAAGACAGCUGAGGAAAUAUCUAGUGAAACUGGAAACAAAGUUUUACCAGUAGCCGCAGAUGUGCGUGAUCCAUCACAAGUGGCAGCUGCUAUAGAUUUCUGUGAGAACAAGUGUGGUCUCCCUGAUAUAAUCAUCAACAAUGCAGCAGGGAAUUUUGUGUCUCCGACAGAGAGGCUGUCACCAAAUGCUUGGAGAACAGUCAUUGACAUUGUCCUAAAUGGCACAGCAUAUGUAACAUUAGACCUAGGAAAGCGUUUGAUCAAAGCCCAAAAAGGUGCAAAUUUUUUGGCAAUCACAACCAUCUAUGCCAAAUCUGGUUCAGGUUUUGUGGUACCAUCAGCAGCCUCUAAGGCUGGUGUGGAGACCAUGACCAGAUCCCUGGCAGCAGAAUGGGGAAGAUAUGGAAUGAGAUUCAAUGCUAUUGCUCCAGGACCCAUUGAGACCAAGGGUGCCUUCAGCCGUCUAGAUCCCACAGGAGAAUUUACAAAGCAUGCUAUAGAACGCAUUCCAACUGGCAGACUCGGUGAAAUCCCAGAACUGGCAAACCUAGCAAUGUAUCUUGUCAGUGACUACUCCAGUUGGAUGACAGGAGAAGUUGUAACAUUUGAUGGAGGAGAGUAUGUCUCUAUGGCUGGUGAAUUCAAUGAUUUCAGAAAGAUUCCAAAGGAACAGUGGGACCAAUUGGAAGCAAUUAUCAGGAAAACAAAGGGUUCUUAAUACAUUCUCUCAAUUGUAUAUUCAAACUCUCCUAAUCUGAAAUUAACUUUGCUACUGUUUUUCAUCUAAGGCAAGAAAGAUAGACAAAUUUCUUCAGUUUCUUUCAUUAAAACAGUUAAUAUUUGAUUGAAGAAUAAAAGUUCAUGUACUGUC